AUGCGUAUUGUUUUCUCGGAAGAAUACUUGAUUGUUGUAGAUUGUGUUGCUUUGGAAGUGAUUCGGAAGGGGAAAACUCAAUUGUCAAGGACUAGAGCUUCUGUUUCCAUAGGUAGGGGAACAGUUCUUGAUACCUCAACUAGGGGUAGUGGUUGGGCUAGAGCUAGAGACUAUGCUCGUGGAAUUGCACCGGCUAGAGGCCGUGCCCAUGAAGUGGCACCAGCUAGAGGCAGAGCUAGAGAGACUUCAGUUGAGCCACAUAUUGAGUGUUAUGAGAGGUUUCAGAAUAUUAAACCACCAGAGUUUCAAGGUGGUAAGAGCGAUGAUACUCAUGAGUUCUUGACUUGGUGCCAUGAGAUGCAUGAGGAAGUGGGUAUGAUGGAUGCUCGUGCUGUUCAUUUUAUUGCACUUCAACUGCGCGGACGCGCCAGUGAGCAGUGGAGGACUUUUUGGAGAUCUAGACUAUCAAAGUUACUUAUAUGUCAUCGGAAUGUUCUGCCGGUCUCUCUCAUUUCUAGCCAGAGUUCAACUUCUACUCGUCUCCAUUGCUCCUCUCUCAACUCGUCAUCUCUUCUUAUGGAUGAGAAGAGGUUCAUUGAAGUUUCUAAAAGCGGAAACUUGAUUCCGCUUCACAGAACCAUUUUUUCUGAUCAUCUGACUCCGGUGUUGGCAAACCGAUGUUUGGUGAAAGAAGAGGAUCGUGAAGCUCCAAGUUUUCUGUAUGAGUUUUGUUUCUCUCAGGGUCGAUACAGCGUGGUGGGAGCUCAACCAUCCAUGGAAAUUGUAGUUAAGGAACACAAUGUGACUAUAUUGGACCACCAAGCUGGAAAAUUGACUCAGAAGAUGGUCGAAGAUCCAAUGACAAUUUCAGCAAGUAUUACCAACGGAUGGAAGCCCAGACUUAUUGAUGUUGAACUACCUGAUACCUUUUAUGGUGGAUGGUUUGGUUACUUCUCAUAUGACACAGUUCGGUAUGUAGAGAACAAAAAGUUACCAUUCCUAAGGGCUGCAGAGGAUGACCGGAACCUCGCAGAUAAUCAGUUAGGACUUUAUGAGGAUGUCAUUGUAUUUGAUCAUGUAGAGAAGAAAGUGCAUGUGAUUCACUGGGUGCGGUUGGAUCAAUAUUCCUCUCUUCCUGAGGCUUAUCUUGAUGGGAAGAAACACUUGGAAAUAUUAAUGUCUAGAGUACAAGGAAUCGAGUCUCCAAGGUUAUCUCCCAGUUCUGUGGAUUUCUGUAUUCAUGAAUUUGGAACUUCGUUAACCACGGAAAACAUGACACGUGAGGAGUACAAGAAUGCCAUCUUACAGGCAAAGGAACACAUUGCUUCAGGAGACAUACAUCAAAUUGUUUUAAGUCAACGUUUUGAGAGAAGAAUAUUUGCUGAUCCAUUUGAAGUCUAUAGAACAUUAAGAAUUGUGAAUCCAAGCCCAUACAUGACUUACAUACAAGCCAGAGGCUGUACUUUAGUUGCAUCGAGUCCAGAAACUUUGACGCGUGUGAAGAAAAGAAGAAUUGUUAAUCGACCAUUAGUUGGGACAAGUAGAAGAGGGAGGACACCUGAUGAGGAUGUGAUGUUGGAAAUGCAGAUGUUAAAAGAUGAGAAACAAUGUGCGGAGCACAUCAUGCUAGUCGAUUUAGGACGAAAUGAUGUAAGAAAGGUAUCAAAACCUGGUUCUGUGAAUGUUGAUCUUUGGUUGUUUCAUACAAUCUUUACAAGCAUGGCAUUUUUUCCGCCACAGGUGUCGGGAGAGUUGCUUGAUCAUUUAACCUGUUGGGAUGCACUCCGGGCUGCAUUGCCUGUUGGGACCAUCUGUGGAGCACCAAAAGUUAAGGCGAUGGAGUUGAUCGAUCAACUAGAAGUGGGUCGGAGAGUGCCUUACAGUGGUGGAUUUGGAGGCAUUUCAUUUUCAGGUGGCAUGGACAUAGGAUUAGCUCUAAGGACGCUGGUAUUCAUGAACAGACCUCGUUAUGACACAAUGUAUUCAUACACGGAUGCCAGCAAACGUCAGGAAUGGGUUGCACAUCUCCAAUCUGAGGCUCGAAUUGUCACUGAUAGUGAUCCUGAUGAGAAACAGAAAGAAUGUGAAGAUAAAGUAGCUUGUCUAUGCAGAUCAUCAGUACUUAAGAUAAAUUGUUCUGUGCCAAAUGUAUUUUCAAGGGCCAGAGGUCGAUACAACAUGGUGGGAGCUCAACCAUCCAUGGAGAUUGUAGUUAAGGAACACAUUAUGACUAUAUUGGACCACCAUGCUGGAAAAUUGACAAAGAAGAUGGUCGAAGAUCCGAUGACAAUUCCAACAAGUAUUUCUAACGGAUGGAAGCCCAGACUUAUUGAUGAUGAACUACCUGAUACUUUUUGUGGUGAGGAUCCUGUUUUCACUAAUUGUGGUACGAGUAACUUGUUUAAUUAG